ACUAUAUAACUCCCAAUCUACUAUAUAACUCCCAACUCCCAAUCGCUUUGUUUCCCCCCUUACUACCUACUGAAAAUACAUUUUGAGAGAACAACAAAAAGAAAAAAAGAAAAAAAAAAAAAAAAAAAAAAAAGGGGGACGAAAAUGAUCAAGUUAAGACCAAAGAGGUUCUCGAGAAGCAGCUCUAAGCUAGGCGGCGGCGGCGGCGGCAGUGGUGGUGCUGCCACCGUCACCGGUGAGAUCAAAUGGGAACUACGACCAGGAGGUAUGCUUGUCCAAAAGAGAGAAUGCAAAGACAACUCCGGCGAAGGAGUGAUCACAAUUAGAGUCUCCAUGGUCUCACAAUGGCAUGACAUAUCAAUCCAAGCAACCUCAACAUUUGGGGAAUUGAAGAUGGUAUUGUCAUUAUUAACAAAUUUGGAGCCGGAAGGGCAAAGGCUAUUGUUCAAAGGGAAAGAAAGGGAGGACGAGGAACACUUGCACAUGGUUGGGGUUAGAGACAAGGACAAGGUUCUGAUGUUGGAGGAUCCAGCCAUCAAAGAGAGAAAGCUACUCGGGUUGGCCCGGACCCAAAUCAUCGGAUCUCCGUAUCGUACCAUUAGGGUCUAAUUAUAUUAUUUAUUUAAUCAAUCAAGUAUUGAUACAGUACAGGUUUUUGGUGCCUUCCAUUCAUCUAACUACAAUAUUUUUUUAUGAUGAUGAAUUACUUGAUGUCUUAAUUAGGAAUUAUCGUAACCCUUGUCGGCAUCCGGCAUAUUAAAUUCAAGCUGAUGCCUUGUCCAACUCAUCUUCAAUUAGUUUAUUAUGAUUUUGUGAAAUAUUAUUGUACAAAUUCUUCAUUUAUAUUUAACUUCAUUUUUUGUCAAUUUUUACGAACU